GCUGCACCAGUCUGAGUCGAGAACAGGCCAAAUGAUGAGAUCAUCGAUUGAAUCCAGACGGGGAAGAUCAUAUGCGGUCUGGCUGCGACAGGGAGGGAGAGAGCGUAAAGCCAUGAAAAAGAUCAAAUCUGAGGCGUCAACAUGGCUAGAUGAGAGAGUAAGAUGGGAAUCUCGCAGCUAAUGUGCGUCCUUUGUUUAUUUUGAAACAGGAAGAGGAAGCUCAGAGAUCAAAAAGAAAACGGGAGAAUGCCAUUUCUUGUUUGGGUUACUUGAUGACAAUAUCCUCUGAUCGAAAAUACCUUUCCGACUCAUUGACGGCGAGAGACGACCAACUCCUAGAGGCCGGCAGGAAAUGACUGCUUUAAUAAUAAUGACGACCGACCGACCGACCGACCGACCGACCGACCGACCGACCGACUGACCUUUUAGCAUCUCGGUAAACAUGGCAAUCCGUCAGUCCUAUGUGCUGCGCACGAGGCUAGCGACAUCUCCACAAACGCUGUCAACACCCUCGUGUCGUCUUUCCGUAAUGACCGGAUACCGACUCGACAGAUGGAUAUCGAGAGGCGCGUGGAGCUGGUGCGCUUCAUGUCGCACCACACGCACAAGAGGCUGGUGGCCUGUCUGCAGGGACAGUUGGGCCCGGACACCGAGAAGAGACACAAAAAACUGCCCCUGACCGCCUUGUCUCAGGCCAUGCAAGAGUGCGGUUCUCAGCUCGGGGAAGAGAGCGUGAUCGGAAAGAUGAUGGAGGUGUGCGGUGAAGCAGAGAGCAGGUUGGCCAGUGAACUGAUGCUACACGAAUUGCAGAUCGAGAGAGACGUUCUGGACCCUCUCAACACGGUGGCAGAGGUGGAGAUACCCAGCAUACUAAAACAGAGGAAGCAACUCGCCAAACUGGUCCUGGACUACGACUCGGCCAAGACCAGGUGGCUCCAAGCGACCAAGUCCAGCAACCAGACCGUGGCGGCUAAAGUGGACUCCCUCAAAGACGAGAUGGACGAAGCGCUGAAUAAAGUCGAAAUUUGUAAAGACCAGUUAUCGGCAGACAUGUACAACUUUGCGUCCAAAGAAGGAGACUACGCACGCUAUUAUCUCAUGUUAUUAGAAGCCCAAGCAGACUACCACAGAAAAUCUCUGGCGGUUCUAGAGGAAGCCAUACCGUUUAUACAAUUUGAGCAAGACUCCUGGACGGAGAGACCGGCGUUCGGCACGGCCCUGGAGGAGCAUCUGAAGCGGAGCAACCGUGAAAUCGCCCUGCCUAUCGAGGCCUGCGUCAUGAUGCUGCUGGAGACUGGGAUGAAGGAAGAGGGUCUCUUCAGAAUAGCGGCGGGAGCUUCGAAACUCAAAAAGCUGAAAGCCGCGCUGGACUGCUCCACAUCCCAGCUGGAGGAAUUCUACUCCGAUCCCCACGCCGUCGCCGGAGCCCUGAAGUCGUACCUCAGAGAACUUCCCGAACCUCUCAUGACUUUUGCCCUGUACGACGAGUGGACGCAGGCCUCUAGCGUGUCCGACCCCGACAAGAGACUUCAGGCUUUGUGGGUGACGUGCGAUCGCUUGCCAAAGACUCACAAAGCCAACUUUAGGUAUCUCGUCAAGUUUCUGGCCAAGCUGGCUCAAGACCGCGACGUCAACAAAAUGUCUCCGAGCAACAUCGCCAUCGUCCUGGGUCCCAACCUGCUGUGGGCAAAGACGGAAGGGACACUGGCAGAAAUGGCCGCCGCGACGUCGGUCCACGUGGUCGCCAUUAUUGAGCCCAUCAUCCAGCACGCCGAUUGGUUCUUUCCGGAAGAGGUGGACUUCAACGUGUCGGGCAUGUUCGCCAUGCCCGCCCACUCGUCGACGUCGGACCAAGAACUGGACAGGAAGCGUCCCGGCAGCCUGGUGGGGCAAGACGGGGACACUCAGCCCCCCCGCAAAGACAGUCCCGCCCGGGAGCUCGCGUCUACCCCGCCGCCACAGAGGAACGGUUCGGUCCAUCUUGCGGCGGGGAGUCAACAGUCUCAGGCGGGGUCCAGGGGGCCCAGUCCUCACAUGGUCCGCAGAGGCACCAAGAAGCAGGCUCCGGCACCUCCCAAACAAGCCAGUCCCUUUGCCACUCAGACCAGCAACCAAAUUCCGGGGUCACCGCAGCAGCAGCCGGCCAUCACCCCCAGACGUCCGUCGGGCAAAGAGAGCCCUUUCGGCGCCCCCAAUCACCCGCCCCCGCAGCCGCCCCAGCCGCAAGAGGAGGCGCCGCAGGUCUCGCCCCCCGGGACGCCCACCCCGCCCGGCACCCCUCCUCACGACGGCCCCCGCUCUCAGUACGCCUCGCUCCCUCGUCCCUCCCGGCCGGCGCCCAAGCCGCGGCCGCGCCCGAACAUGCCGCCGCCCCCGCAACCCGCCCUUAGCGAUGGCUGCAAUGGCCUCUUUGGCUCCUCGUCCAAGAUGAUCACAGACGGCGGCCUGGACCUUAAAGGCGUACGAAGAGCCUGGAUCCCGGACGUGGCGUGGGGUCCACCGCCGCCGCUCCCCACCGACCCGGCGCCGCCCCUCGACUCGGACCCGGAGAGCACCUCGCUCUGAGCCCUACCGCCUCCAUUUUGAGACGCCGCGCCACGCUUUUAUGACAAUCUUUUUCCUUGUUAAUCUAUUUAAGGCACAAGCAGAUUGUAAAGUGCUCGUGUAAUUGAGAGGACCAAAGAGAGGGGAGGGGCGGGGCCGUGUUGCUUCAUCGCUGGUUGUCGUUGACCUAAAGUGCAAUAUUGGCACAUAUUUGCUUCCGGUUUUCAUAUAGUAUUUUAGCAAAAGGGGUACCAUUACUUUGAGAUCAAUAUUUUAUUAGACUGAUUUUAUGAGAUUCUAUUUGUUAUUUAAGCAUCUAAUAUUCCAACGCUGGCAAAUUCCACUCCCAAAAUUUGAGGAAAGCUUUGACCUAAAAUAUGAAAAGGUCAAAUUUUCUCAACUCGCACUUUUCUUGACAAUCUUGGGCUCUUUUUAGCUCCUUUUUACGGUCGCUGCCAUAUUACUUGUGAUGAUUAAAGUUUGUUCCAAACUUGA